AUGAAGACACUUGUCCUCCUCUCUGCCCUUGUCUUGCUGGCCUUUCAGGCCCUGGCUGAUCCUCUGCCAGAAGCAACUGAGGAGGCUAAAAAUGAGGAGCAGCCAGGAUCAGAGGACCAAGAUGUUUCCAUCAUACUUGGAAACCCAGAAGGCUCUGUUCUUCAAGGUCAAG